GUCAAAUAAAAUGAUAAAAAUUUAAAGUAUUAACAAUUAUUGUUUUACAACAAUGCCUGUUGAUAUUAAUAGAUUAACAGAAGGGUGGCUAGAGUUAGAAAGUGAUCCAGGUUUAUUUACUUUAUUACUUGAAGACUUUGGUGUCAAAGGUGUUCAGGUCGAGGAAAUAUAUGAUUUACAAAAAUCAUUGGAAGGUCCAGUUUACGGUUUUAUAUUUUUAUUUCGUUGGAUAGAAGAAAGAAGAUCACGUCGAAAAAUCAUUGAACAAACAGAAAGUUUUGUUAAAGAUGAAGAUAUAGUCAAUAAUAUAUUUUUUGCCCAACAAAUGGUUCCAAACAGCUGUGCAACACAUGCCUUGCUUUCAAUAUUAUUAAAUUGUCCUGUUAUUCAUUUGGGGGAUACGUUGCAACGGCUUAAGAUUCAUACCACUGGUAUGUGUCCCGAAAAUAAAGGCUGGGCUAUAGGAAAUACUCCAGAAUUAGCAUGUGCACAUAACGCACAUGCAAUGCCGCAAGCUAAACGACGAUUAGAUAAAGGAUCGGGUGUAUCUACUGGUCGUUGUACCGCAGAAGCAUUUCAUUUUGUCAGCUACGUACCGAUUAAUGGAAAUUUGUUUGAAUUAGAUGGAUUAAAACCAUUUCCGAUCGAUCAUGGGCCAUGGGAUUCAGCAGAAGAUUGGACUGAGAAAUUUAGACGAGUGAUGAGUGAGCGAUUAGGUGUUACAACUGAAGAUCAUGAUAUUCGAUUUAAUUUAAUGGCAGUGGUACCAGAUAGACGAUUGGCAAUUACUCAUAAAUUAAAAAUGUUACGAACUAAUAGGCAAAUUGUAUUGGAUGCACUGCAACAAUUAGUGAAAAUGAGAGACCCUGAUAAUGAAAAGAUGAAACUUUUAACCGAUGAUAAGUCUGUAGUUGAUAUUGUACAAACGUUAGACAAAGAUUCGAAUGGUGACAAAUCUACUGAAAAAAUGAUGUUAAGUCCAUUAGAUUAUGCAUCACCAUUAACAAUCACAACAUCUCCAGCACCAAGUACCUCCAGCACGGAUACAUCAUCCGAAAUGAGUUCAACUUUGCAUUCACCUACACAAUCAUGGAGUUGGAUUUCAUCAGAAGCAAGUCCAAAUUCAUCAAAAGAUUUUCAAAAAUUUGUUGUAAUUCGUGUUGCUAGUGAUGGGCGAUUAACUGGUAAACGACCCAUGUCCGAUUCAGGAAUUACAUCAAAAAAAGUAUGUUUGGAAAAUGAUAAAAAAGAUGCGAAUACACUUAAUGAGAAUAAAUAUGCUGAAUUAUUUGAGCCACAUACAUUUGCACCAAAAGAUCUAUUGGCAUUAUUAAGAAAUUUAGAAAGUGAAAUUACGAUAUGUGAAUUAAGUUUAAAAGAUGAAAAUGAUAAACGGAAUAAAUAUAAAGUGGAUGAUUGUCGUCGAACACAUAACUAUGAUGAAUUUAUAUGUACAUUCUUACAAAUGUUAGCACAACAAGGACAACUUGCUGAGCUUGUACAGCAACAUCCACUUGGUGCACCAAUUCGUAUACCUAGACAAAAUUCGAAUGUUAUCAGUUCAUCAUCACGUCGAUCUCGUACACGGAACAAAAGACGAAAGUAAUAUGGAAUGGCAUUAUACAGGGUAUUUUUUUCAUUGUAUUGUGAGGAUUUAUAAUAUGCAAUUUUACUUCUUUUUAAAUUAUCUUUAGAAUAAAUACUAGGACGACUUAUUUGCGUAAGAAAAGUAUACCUAAAGUCCUUGGAAGUUUUUAUAAAUAACUACGUCGACACUAGAAAAUUUGCACAUUAAUUCUCUAUUCAUGUCAUGUAAGCAGAUUUGAAUGAACUAUUGAACUUUCACGAAUAUAUGCUUAAACCUUCCAAAAAUAAUAUGUUACAUAAACGGCGUGUGUAAACAGAAUGUGCGGCAAUAAAUUGUAUUUUAUAACUAGCCUAUUCCUUCGACUUCAAUAAAAAUACUAGCUCGACCCCUGUGAAAUUUCGCCUCGAGUUUGC